CCAAUCUGAUUUUUUUAUUAUUAUGAUUGUAUGUAAACAAACACCCACCUCCUUUUGAGUCUGAUGCAAAGCCCUGCAAACCAUUUCCGUUUUUCAAAACGUCGUUAUGCUUUAAUAACCUUGCCUGCUAAUUUGGGCGGAGUUUAACCCCCUGGCUAACAGAAUGCAAGCCGGAGAGGAGAAACACACUCAUCCGCGCUUUAAUGUUAAGCAAAUCAAGCGCACCUUCCGACUUUUGACUAUGACGUAGGCACAGUGUAAACUCAAAGCUGUAGUCUCGGAAGGUGAUGUUGCUUUGUUUGUAGAGUUUUUUAGGAGGGUUUAGUCUCUUCUUUUAACUCCGUAUGGACGUAGAGUACCACUAAAAUGGUAAUUUAUGACCAAACCACAAUUUAAAUGUCUGUUCUGGGCUACAUUUUAACAUUUCUAGCUUCGAAUCUGCACUAGUCGCGGGAGGCUCGUCUACAGACCCGGCGGUUACUAAAAAAGCCAAAUGGAUGCGCGCGUUUCGGAGUUUUUUGGUUCAGGAAAUGGAACCGGCUCUGGAUCUCAAGGAGCUUCAUUCAACAACAAGCCGGGAAGUAGCCUUGGAAGUAUCUCAAAAAAGGCUUCAACAAAAAGCAAGAGAGCAAAAGCCCGAUUUUCCCGCAGCUUCAAACCAAGCAAUAACACCCCAUACCUUCCUCCAGAGGCUGAAGAGGGAAAUAUAGAAUACAAGCUUAAGCUCAUAAAUCCGACACAAUACCGCUUCGAGCACCUGGCAACGCAGAUGAAGUGGCGACUGCAGGAGGGUCGAGGCGAAGCCGUCUAUCAGAUCGGUGUGGAGGACAAUGGCAUGCUCGUGGGCCUGUCAGAGGAAGACAUGAGAGCUUCUCUGAAAACCCUCCACCUGCUUGCAGAAAAAAUUGGAGCUGACAUCACAAUUCUCAGACAGAGGGAGGUUGAUUAUGACUCUGACGUACCUCGAAAUAUCGCUGAAGUUCUCAUUCGCAAGGUUCCAGAUGAUCAGCAGUUCUUAGACCUACGCGUAGCAGUGCUGGGUAAUGUGGACUCGGGGAAGUCCACUCUUUUGGGGGUUUUGACACAGGGGGAAUUGGACAAUGGACGGGGAAGAGCGAGACUCAACCUCUUCAGACAUCUACAUGAGAUUCAAACAGGACGCACCUCCAGCAUCAGCUUUGAGAUCCUUGGUUUCACCAGUAAAGGAGAGGUGGUGAAUUACAGUGAGUCUCGGACGGCAGAAGAAAUUUGUGAGAGUUCCUCUAAAAUGAUCACCUUCAUUGACCUGGCGGGUCAUCACAAGUACUUGAAAACCACCAUCUUCGGCCUCACCAGCUACUGUCCAGACUUUGCCAUGCUAGUCGUCAGUGCAAACACCGGCAUUGCUGGUACAACCCGAGAGCACCUGGGUCUGGCCAUGGCCCUGAAGGUCCCCAUCUUCAUCGUCAUCAGUAAAGUGGACCUCUGCACGUGGGCCACCGUGGAGCGCACGGUGCGGCAGCUGGAGCGCGUCUUGAAACAGCCGGGCUGCAACAAAGUGCCCAUGGUUGUGAACAGUACCGACGACGCCGUCACAGCCGCUCAGCAGUUUGCUCUAUCCCCAAAUAUCACACCGAUCUUUACCCUGUCCAGUGUUAGUGGUGAGAGUUUGGACCUCCUUAAGGUCUUCUUCAACAUUAUUCCUCCUCUGAGCAACAGUAAGGAGCAGGAGGAGCUGAUGCAGCAGUUGACUGAGUUCCAGGUUGAUGAGAUCUACACGGUUCCAGAGGUGGGGACAGUGGUGGGAGGUACUCUGUACAGCGGUAUUUGUCGAGAGGGAGAUCAUCUUGUUGUAGGACCCACAGAGUCGGGUCAGUUCCACAAGUUGACUGUUGGGAGCAUCCAGAGGAACCGCUCGGCCUGCAGGGUGCUCAGGGCCGGCCAAGCUGCCACUCUCGCCCUGGGAAACUUUGAUAGAUCGCUGCUCCGAAAGGGCAUGGUGAUGGUGAGUCCAGAGAUGGAUCCCACCAUCUGCUGGAUGUUUGAGGCAGAGAUCGUGCUACUCUUCCACGCUAAGACUUUCCACAAGGGCUUCCAGGUUACUGUGCACAUCGGCAACGUGAGACAGACCGCGACAGUGGAGGCUUUGUACGGCAAGGAGGAGCUGAGAACAGGCGAGAAAGCAGUCGUCCUCUUCAAGUUCAUCAAACACCCGGAGUAUCUGAAGGUGGGAGCCAAGGUGCUCUUCAGGGAGGGGGCCACCAAGGGCAUCGGUCACGUCACAAAGCUGCAGCCCAUUGCUCAUUUCCCAGCUUCUCAGUUAGAGGAUCAGGAGGCCUAAUUAGUUUUUUUUUUUUUGUUUGUUUGUUUGUCCGUCAGCCAUGGCUUAAAAACCAUAAAUGAGGUGCUUAGGAAGCACUCUGCUUUCUCCAAAGGCCAGCCCACUCUGUCUUUGCACAGGAAAUCCUUCUCACUGGAUUGUUAUUUAAUCUUCUUCCAAAGACGUGUCAGUGCCUCAUGUGUCUUUUGUGAUCUUCUAAAUACUUGCUGGUGUUUUUAAUCUGCUUUUUGUAUUUCAGGUUUUAAGGCUUUUGUUUUAUACUCAUGCCUCAAAAUCCAAAGCUUUAAACCCUGAAGUCCUCCAGCAGAACUCCUCUUUACUGCCGUCCGACUUUGGUUAUAAAAAUUCUACUGCUACCAAAGAAACUUUGAGAGGAAGUUUGGUAAAAAUGCUCAGAGUUAACGUGCAGUUUUCACAUAUAUGCACUCCAAACAGAAUUAAGACUGAGCUGUUCUUUAAUGUAUUUCUUAUAUAUUUGACAAGUUUCAGCUGCCUUAAUGUUUUUUUGUGGUGCCACCAGUGUGAGAGGCUUUAAUAGUCACCCACAGGAGAGGAGUUUGUGGAGGUCAGCCUGCCAGUCCCACUGAAGACUUCUGCUUUGAGCUGUGACUCUGGUAAGAAUGUAGAGGAAUAUUUGCUUUUUCACUCCAUCUGUCCUUUAAUUCACUUAUGAUGCCUCAAUAAAUUGUGCAGUUUGGUUUGAACAGCCUUCCUAGUGAAUUGAAGUGCUUUAGUUUCUCAGGUCAGUGUCUGGAUAGAGCAGCAUUCCACCUUCACAGAACCACUGCCGUGAAAUGUCCUUUACUGAGUUAGUUGAAAUAUCCAGUUACUGAGGGCACAACCGAAUAAGUUCAGAUCAGUGCCUAGUUAAGAGUUGAUCAUUGAGAUAUACCCAAGUUGGUGCUAUAACCAGAAAUAGCUUCCAAAUGUUGAAAUGUCACAUUAGUUCUGUCUCGUUUAUCUUCAGUUUUGGCCUAACUUUUUUUAAGCAGAUGACCUCUUGUUCUUUCUUACCAGUCAGUUGUUAUUCUGCACCGGUUAUCCACAAACACAGAAGCUUUUAAAGGAGACAUUUUACUCAAACUAUUUUGGUUUUAAAAAAAGAGUUUUUUUUAAUGCACUAAAGUUGUAUUUUAAAGAUUUUCUAGUUCACUAUUUUUUACCUGUUCUUUAGCUCAAACUUGUAUUUACUCUUUAAAAUCAGAUUUUAGGUUCUUUUGAAUUCAAAAUAUAUUUUUAUUUGGGUGAAAUGCAAUAUUUAUGUAUAGAUCCAAUUUGUGUGUUGUGAUGUACAUAAAUAAAACUUGUUACUUUCUUGA